UGAGACUUGACUCCAGUAAGGCUGAUGUCUGAGGAUGUCCUAAAAUGGACACCGUAGAACAGACACGUCACACUCUGGAGCGCUCUGCUGUGACGUGUCACUGACUCCCCAGCAGCUGGGGGUUGUUGUUGUACUUCCGGGUUCCUCGACCUUGUUUACUCACACAAACUCGGAUAUUAAGCGUACUAACUGCCUCGCAUAGCUCUGAGUUUCCAAAGCCAAACUCCUUUUAAAAGCUGGGGUUGUAAUUUUAUUAAUACAGCACUGGUACAGUAACUGAAGUCCUGUUGCAUUUUCUACGUGCUACCAUGGAGGAGGCCUCCCCUGCGUCCCUCACUGACCUCUGCCUGAGCUUCCUGAGCUCCAAUCUGGACCAGUUCUGCUGGGAGCGGCCCGAUGGCUCACUGAGCCUCCGAGAGACCGUCGUCUUCCCACAGGAGCUUGCCGACCAGCUGCUGCGCAAGAUGGCCACGGAGGGGAUGCUGAAUGACAGCACUGUGGGGAUAUUCCGCAGCUGCCAGUACCUGCGGCUGCGGCGUGCGUGUAUCUGCAAGGCGCGCAUCUCCGCUGAGGCGUUCCACAAGGCAUUCUGCCAGCACCGGCUGCUGGAGCUGGACGCCUCAGGGGUGAAUGCAGACGUGGCCAUCACAGACAUCAUCCAGGGGCUGUCCUCUAACAAAUGGAACCAGGAGUCCCUGCAGCGGCUGGUGCUGAACGGGCUCACUCUGUCCCUGGAGGAUCCCUACGAGCGCUGCUUUAGCCGUCUGGCUGGCCUGCGCGCCCUCGCUAUCGCCAACGUGGACUUCUACACGGAGGACCUGUCAGAGGUGUGCUCUCUGCCACGGCUCGAGAGCCUGGACAUCUCCAACACCUGCGUGACCGAUCUGGCCCCCCUGCUGUCCUGCCGGGAGCGGCUGCGCUCGCUUACCAUGCACCACCUCAAGUGCCUCAAGAUGAGCACCUCGCAGCUGCUGGAUGUGCUGAGCCAGCUGGCUGGGCUGCAGCACCUGGACAUCUCGGACGACAAGCAGUUCACCUCGGACAUCGCUGGGCACCUGCUGGAACAGCCCGGUAUCCUACCCCAGCUGUGCUCACUGGACGUCUCCGGCCGCAAGCAGGUCACCGACAAGGCGGUCAAGGCUUUCGUCCAGCAGAGACCCGGAAUGCACUUCAUAGGGCUGCUGGCCACCGGCGCUGGGUUCUGUGAUUUCCUCUCCGGGGAAGGAAGCCUGAAGGUGUCGGGGGAGGCAAAUGAAGCGCAGAUCUGCGAAGCUCUCCGGCGCUACAGCGAGCGAGCGUUCUUCGUCAGGGAGGCCCUCUUCCAUCUCUUCAGCCUCACACACGUAAUGGAGAAAGUUCCACCAGACAUCCUAAAGCUGGUUGUCACUGGGAUGAAGACCCACCCUCUGAACCUGCACGUGCAGUUGGCUGCUAGUGCCUGUGUAUUCAACCUGACUAAGCAGGACCUGGCUGUGGGGAUGCCAGUGCGACUGCUGGGCCAAGUCACCCAUCUGCUGCUCGAGGCCAUGAAGAACUUCCCCAACCACCAGCAGCUCCAGAAGAACUGCCUCCUCUCACUCUGCAGCGACAGGAUUCUGCAGGAGGUUCCCUUCAACAGGUUCGAGGCUGCCAAGCUGGUGAUGCAGUGGCUGUGUAACUAUGAGGACCAGAACAUGCAGAGGAUGGCCGUGGCAAUCAUCUCCAUCCUGGCAGCUAAGCUCUCCACAGAGCAGACCGCCCAGCUGGGAGCAGAGCUCUUUAUUGUCCGGCAACUCCUGCACAUUGUGAAGCAGAAGACAAGCCAGAGCCUGGUGGACACCACACUGAAGUUUACACUGAGCGCGCUGUGGAACCUUACGGACGAGUCGCCCACCACCUGCCGCCACUUCAUUGAGAACCAGGGGCUGGAGCUCUUCAUGAAGGUGCUGGAGUCUUUCCCUUCUGAAUCCUCCAUACAGCAGAAGGUGCUGGGUCUGUUGAACAACAUUGCGGAGGUGAAGGAGCUGCAUGCGGAGCUGAUGUGGAAGAGCUUCGUGGAGCACAUCAGCGUGCUUCUCCACAGCAGUGAGGUGGAGGUGAGCUACUUCGCUGCAGGGAUCAUCGCGCACCUCAUGUCCCGCGGAGAGGAGGCCUGGACACUGAGCACCAGCCUGCGCACGUCCCUGCUGCAGCAGCUACACUCUACGAUCCUCAAGUGGCCCACACCCGAGUGUGAGAUGGUGGCAUACAGGUCGUUUAACCCUUUCUUUCCCCUGCUCAAGUGCUUCAGCACCCCGGGAGUGCAGCUGUGGGCUGCCUGGGCUGUGCAGCACGUAUGCAGUAAAAAUGCGUCCCGGUACUGCAGCAUGCUGAUCGAGGAGGGGGGGAUGCAGCACCUGUACCAGGUGAAGGAGAACCCCCAGACUCACCCUGACGUGCAGCGCGUGUCGUCUAGCAUCCUGGAGAGCCUGGAGAGGCACCUGGCACGCACCGGGCAGACAGUGCCCCCCUACAGACCAGGCUGUGCAUGACAGGCAUGAUGAGAACUUUCACUUAGCCAGGCUGAAUGCCAGAACAAUCCCUGACCCCGAUUCUGUGAACUGUGCUGGAUAUUCGAUGUGUGUUACUAAGAGAAGCUCCAUUCCUGUGUGCGUAGGGAGGAUCCGCGCCAGUCCUUUCCUCUCGAGCCAGGAGUGGGGAAAGAGCAGGAUCACUGGAGGAAACUACUACUAAUGACUUUCACACAUCCAUGCACCCAUGCAGGCAAGCAGGGAGGCAGGUGGACAUUUAUACUGUGUAUGUAAAUACUAGCUCUUUCUCAUAUUUUAUGGAUUGGGAGAAAAAGCAAAAAAAAAAGUUUUAAGUGCCAAGUUUUUUUUUAUUUAUUCUUUUUUGCAUUUUAAUUUGCAGUUUGAAAGGAUUUUUUUGGUUUGUUUCCUUGUUCUUUCUAGAAACAAACUGCAAAACAUGUGUAUUCAAUUUUAGUUUAAAGGGUUUGUACAGUAUUUAUCCUGGUUUUGAGCAGUGCCAUCCAUCUGUGUGUGUUCAGUGUUGGGCUGCAUAUUCUAUCAUGACCUUCAUAUUUGUCCCUGCUUUGGAAACAUCUCUUUUCCAAGGAGGUUCUUCUUUCCAUGAUAUUGAUUGCACAGUUAGCAUGUGGAAGCAGCAGGAGAGAGCACACAGUCAGUGGCUGAGCUACUGGGACCUGUAUUGUGUUACCAUUGCUGUUCUUAGAUGCAUGCUGAAAUCUGAGCUGGGUUGAUAAUUGCCUUGUUGAACGCACUGUUAAUAAAACAAUCAACCCCAGUAUCCAUCACAGUACUGUACAUAGCUGUUAUAAACUAGAUAGUAGUGCGUGUGAGUAUUAGGAUGUUGAUGGGCAGCCGCCACACAGGUGCUGAGCUGCAAGUGUUACCAUUCAACCAGUAGUGUUUGGGUGGAGCGCAUAUAUAAUUAAUUUCACAUUAUUAUAUUGUUGUGCAUGGAAAUUAUAUGA